AUGGCGACAGCAACAACAGCAUUACUGUUAGAAGGAAAAGUCGCAGCAAUCACGGGAGCGGUGACGGGAAUUGGAAGGGCAAUUGCUCUGGAUUAUCUCGAACAUGGUGCUCGUGUCGCCGUGAAUUACUAUCCCGACGACAAGUCCACACGCCAAUUCGAGGCAUUGCAAGAUGAAGUGGGUGCCGAUUAUCAGGACAUGUUGAUCGGCCUACCGGGAGACAUUACCAAGCCUGAAACUGGCCAAGAGCUGGUGAAGAGGACGGUAGAGAAGUUUGGGAGACUGGACAUCUUCGUGAGCAAUGCAGGCGUUUGUCAAUUUGCAGACUUUCUGACAAUGUCGCCUGAUCUGGUCAAUCACACCAUCACGACAAACUUGAACGGUGCCUUUUUCGCCAUUCAAGCUGCUGCCCAGCAAAUGUCUCGACAGGAGCCUUGUGGGGGAAGCAUUAUUGGAAUUUCCAGUAUUUCUGCAUUGGUCGGUGGUGCUGGUCAGACCCAUUAUACUCCGACAAAGGCCGGAAUUCUAUCUCUCAUGCAAAGUACCGCCUGCGCUCUUGGUAAAUAUGGCAUCAGGUGCAAUGCAUUGUUGCCAGGCACAAUCCGGACACAACUCAAUGACGAGGACCUGGCGAGUGCAGACAAGCGAUCAUACAUGGAAGGCCGGAUACCUCUAGGCAGACUGGGACAACCGAAAGACCUGGCAGGUCCUGCUGUGUUUCUGGCGAGUGAUCUCAGCGAAUACGUGACUGGCGCACAAUUAUUGGUGGACGGAGGUCUCUUCGUGAACCUGCAAUGA